UUAAUCUUAAUCUUAAAUUCUUAAUCUUGUUGUUCUAAUCUUUAUUCUUAAUCUUGAUUCUUGAAUUUUAUCAGUAUGUUGUUUCUUGAUUUUUUUUUUGUUUAUGCUUUUUGAGUAAUUGAAUAUUUGUUAUUGUUAAUGUGUUUGUUUAUGUAUUUGUUUAUCUUGAAUAGUUGAAUUAUUGAAUAUUUCUUGAUUUUAGAUAUAUGUGCUUCGAGCCAUAUCCAGAAGAUAAUUUGGAGUUUAUUAAGAAUAAUGAAAUUAAGCAUUACUAAUUAAGAAUUUCUAAACUGUUGUUGUACUGUUGUUGUUUCUUAAUGGAAGAAGAUCAUAUACUUUUUUUUUGAGUGGAAGAUCAUAUGCUUAUGUUAUAAAUGUAAGGAGUGCUUGAUAAUCUGAGAAGUUGGAGUGCUUCAUAAUAAAGACAUAAAUCAUUCACAAUCAAUUAAUAAUUAAUAAUCAUCCACAAUCAAGCACUCUUUACAUUUAUAAUCAAGACAAACUAAACGCCUGCACCACCAGUUAAAACUCCCUAGAAUUUAAAGCCUGUCGGUCAAAACAAAUGCCUUACUAUUGAUGCCUGGUUGCCUCCUGCUGCUGCAUACGCCUCACGCCUGCACCGGUUGUCCGGCCACCUUCACUUGUUGGCUGCUUCUUUCCAGACAUCAAGACCACAACUCCGGCACCACAAUGGCUCACAACACCACCAGCAUCAAAUACCCAGCCGCGCAUCAUUUUCACAACAACCACCAGUUGCGACCUCUUAGCCCCCAACCUUGGAAAUCGUGCGUGCUUCUCCUGCUCACCACUGCUGGCGCGACACCAUAGAUCCAGGCCAUAUCAGCUUCAGCCACCACCAAUAGUUGCGUACACCACCACUUCAACUUCAUUCUUCAAACAUCCUUUUUUCCUCAGAGUUAAUAAAAUGAAUAAGGCGCGGCACAUUUGUAAAAGCCCUAACGGGAAGCUCUUAAGUCUUAAACCACCAUUGACGACCGUUGGUGCGUGACAAGAAAUUUUGAGCUUCUGAUUGUAUGAUUUACAUGUUAUUGCAAUGGAUUUUUCACCAUUCAAGCUAGAUAUUGAUGAGCUUAUAAAAGAGUUUGCCGAGGGAGAGCUUCAAUCUUUUUCGGACAUGAAACGAUUAUGGCUUGAACGAAAGUUUUCUUACAUAUUUGAGGCUCAACCUUCUACCAGUGUCAUCAUAUUUAUGCAAAUUUUGUACAGCCAUACGAUAAGUUACAUGAUCUGCACUAAUUCUUUAUCUCAGAGAUUAGGUGCCCUUUAUGUCCUCUAUUGUCUGUAUGAGACACAACCAUUUAAGCCUCCGUUCAAGAUAUAUCUAUCUCUUGGAGAGUUACGAAACCUGAAAGCUCUGGUUGUAAAUACGAAACAAAAGGGAAUUAAAGUAGUAUCUGUUAUCGUCAAAAGGAUGCUGGAGAAGAAUGCGUUCUUGUUUGGUUUUGUAAACAUAAAUGAUUAUGCUGGGAAUGAGAGGAACAAGGAGGUUGUAAAUGUGCAGAAUGCUCGCAUAAAGAAGAUGCAGGAAAUAUUGUUAAGCAAUACUGAGAUCGAGCAGUAUCUCCACAUGGACAUGGGCACAGAACUUGACCUAGAAGCGCUCAUGAAAAUGUCUAAAGAAUAUGCAGGCAUUAAAAGUCUAGCCAUUAGAGAGGCUAGCCAGGUAGUUGAUGUCAGAAACAUAGAGCAUAUAGCUGAUGAUAGGCCGACAGUAGGAGAUGAAGUGCAAAAGAUAACUGAGGAGUGGGGUAACCAAAAGGCAAUGUUCUCUCAGCUUACUGGAACAGACCAGCAUGUUGUUGCAUCUCAUCCCGAGAGGAAAGAGAUUCACGACGAGCAACCGAUACUACUCUCUGCUGCCGAACAACAGCAAAGUGAUGAUGAACGGCAGCAAAUUGCUUUUAUGGACCUUCUCAUGGGUGACGAAUCGCCAAUAGUUAAUCGGAAUGCUCCAUGUGCACCAGCUGAGCAGCAGCCAUUGCCUGAAGAUGAGGAGCUCGAUGAUGACGAAUACGCCAAAGAUCUGGAGAAUCAAUUAGAUGAUGACUGGGAAUACUGAAUAAUUUACACUUCUGGGAAGUAGGAAUUUUUUACAGGUGAACUCAACAGAGUCCAAUUUUGAGCAGUUAUUGUGUACAGUACAGAGUAACAUAAAUUUUGUUUGUACCCGGUUUUUACAGAAUAUGGAUUUGCUCAUUUCUGUACUUGUGCAGUUAUGAAAAUUUGAAAAAACUAAGACCAUUUAACUAAAAAAAGUCAAAAAUCAAGCUUUGGAUAAACUUUAAUUUCAAAAUAAGCGUGCUUGCCUCCAAAGCUAGGUCUGGAUGUACUCGUUACAAUUAGCGAACCAUUUAUGUGCUGAAUUUUAAGGUAAGUGUUUGUUUGUUGUUAGUAAUAGUAAACAGAGACAUUGGUCAAAAAGUCAACAUAUGUGUUCGCUUUACUAACAGCGAAUCAAGAUGUUGACUGUUUUUGACCAAAGUCUCUAUUCACCGUUAAUAACAACGAACUAACACGGCCAUAAAUACAAGAACACUCUUUCCUCAUUUCGCCCAAACUUCAAACCCUAAGCUCUAAAUUCAUAAAAAUCUCCCUCUUGUUUUCACCAUUAAAGCAACUUCAUUUUUUGAUUUGAUCUCAUCAUUUUUCACGUUUUUACAACUUAUUAGAUCUGUCAGCUUCAACAUUGUGU